AGUGAGGUGCGUUCACUUCGCAUAUUGAUUUUCUUCCGUAUGGUAGUGAAGUAGUAAUAUGAUCAUUAGAAUUCAAACCAACGUGUCAGUUAUAUCAAUUGCAAUAUCUGCUAAAGUAGAAUUAAAAAAACAAUACUUGCGUAAUAAUUUGACAACAUUUAUGAUAAAAGUUAAAAGGAAAUCAAACCGAAUAAUAGAAACAAACCUUUGAAGUGAGGAGUGGUUUCCGGUAUAAAGUGGGGGAGGAACUUUAGUAGGACAUUGGUUCAUAUUAUGUAUUUUCAGUCAUCGGAUCCAAUACAGUUCUGUUUUACUAGCGCGCCAGCCGCGUGGAACGCGCCAGUAUUACUCCUUGUGACUUCCCUGUCAAACCACUUCCACAUCAGGAUUAUUGUCUACUUUGGUAGAAACUAAAAACCAUAAAAAAACAUUACAAUGUGUUCAUACAAUCAAAAAAAUAUAUUUUUUAAUGCAAGUUUCAGUGAUAAAUUAAAUAUUGUUUGAUAAUUUAUUCAAAAAUACUUGUCAAUAAGUUAUCCAAUUUGUUGUGUAUAAAUCGUUGUAAUUUAAUUUAAAAAAAUGGUUUUCGAUCCAGUUACUACUGAACAACGGAAACAAUUUUUCAGACAAGGCUAUGGAGCUCACGUGCCUGGAUACACUGGACACUGUCCAACCCUGAAGUUCCGUGUCGGAAAAAGGUUUGGAGCUAAUACAGAAGAAAUCAUGAAGGAAUUAUUAGAAAAAAAGGUGCUAAAGACAGGUCCCUAUCGACCGAACUCAGGAAAGGAUGUUCUAACACCAAUAACUCGAGAAAAAGACAUAAGAAGAGAUUGGAAAAACGAAGCUCAUUUUUAUAAGACUUCACCAUUCAUUUUAGGAUACACAGGAUAUAUACCAGGAUUCAACAGUAAAUAUGGUCUUCCAUUUAUGCGAGCAGUUGAAGAGGGUGGCAGGGAAUGGCGAGAAAUGCAAACUAAAUUAAGAGCACGUAGAGAUACCAUGCGUGUUCAUAUUGAAAGAACUAAUCCCAGGAAUUUGCUUUCACGUGCUAGAGCAGAUAAUGUUGACAUUGAAAUUGAUCAUGGACAUGACAAAGAUAAAUUAUUUUUUGUUAAUCAAGUAUCCCCUGAAAGACCACCAAUCGUUGGCUAUACUGGACACAUACCUGGUGCUAAAAGUGAGAUAGCUCUGUCAAGGAGAUAUGCACAGGCUGCACAAAAAGGCUUAGAACUACUUCAAAAACAGCGAGAAAGUCGACUGGAUGCAAUCAAUGAUUCAAACUCAGUACAAAGAGUUCUGGAUGCAACGUAUCUUGACGAUACUGGCCAUACCAGAGCAUAAUUUUUUUUACCUUAUUUGGCAUUGAAAGUCACCGAUUAUAUAGAUUUAGAAUCUAUAAGAUAAUAAAGUAAGAGUAUAAUCUUAUAAGUACAAUAUUCCGUCCGAAAUUUGAAUUGAUUCUGAAGAGUAAUUCUAAAGAUUAAAAAUAAAUAAAAACGAGUAAACAAGUAAUUGGAAAAUUCUCAGAAUAAUUUCUUUGUUGAAAUAUUCUCGAUGAAUACAUAUUUUAUCACAUCACAUUACAGCUACUUUCAUUUCUUAUAUGUAAAAACAAUUUUAUGUAUCUAAAAUUAAGAAAUGAAUCUUAGCUUUAAUGUUUAAGAUUUGAAGGUGAAUAAUUUUU